AUGCUACCUGGGAGGUUCUCGUUUUUCGGAGGCGGAGAUUCCCGCGUGGUGGACAACGCCAAUUCGCCACCGAAGGGUGAGGAACCUCCGGCCGUUGUCCCCCCCACACUGAAGCUCGAAACCGAUAGGCAGGUUUACAGGCCCGGUGAUCCUGUCGUUGUGACCAUUCAGAUCUCUAAUCCCGCAAAUGGGUACUCGUUUCUGAUGGAAAGACUCGGGUUUGAGAUCAGGGGCAUCGAGAAAUUGGACACUCAAUGGUUCGCCACGCAGAAGCCUUUGCAUGGCUCCAAACAGAGGAGAGGUUCGUUGAUACUGAACAAGCUACGACUUGGUAUUGUGAAUGUGAUUAGUGAACCUGAUAAUUCUCUGCCAUCACAAUCAGAAAAUGUUAAAUCGUUUCUGAAAGCUUUGGACGCAGUAGGAUUGCCCCGGUUUGAAAUAUCAGACCUAGAAAAGGGGUCUAUGAAGGCUGUUGUGGAUUAUGUGGUGCGAACGCAGCUGCCUAGCAUUAUUCCGCCAUCUUACAAGGGUUCAAAUAUUCGCUAUUUGUACUAUGUUAAAAGUGCAGUAACUGGAGGGUGGAUAAUAUUUGAAAAUGGGCAAUCUCGUGCAGAUUCCAAAAAUGAUGUUACUGAUUUGUUUUUUGGAGAUGUAAAACCAAAGACAGUCAUGAGCCUUUAUCUAGCAAUUAAGCUUCUGGGAGAGUUAGUUCAUGUUCAUCACACAUUAUUAGAGCCCAUUUAUAUUGUUCCCUUAACUACUACACAACUGGAUAUAUUUUGGAAAGAGAUGGAUGGUGAUGCUGAUUGGCUAGAUUACAAUCUUAUGAAACACACCAACCACAAUGACAUGGAUAUGGAGAUUGAGGAGAUGUGGGUUAGAGCAAAUGAUAUGUAUGAUGGAGUUGAGGAGGGCUAUGACAGCUCAAGAGAUGACAUCUCAUCUGUUUCUUCGUAUAACGCCAUGAAAGAGAGUCUAUACAGAGGCUUUGGAAGUUCAUUAUCACUGGGAUCUUCUUCUGCAAGAUCAUUGACCAGGGAUGCAUCUACAUUAGAAGGUUUUCGAACAAGUUUAUCUUCAAAUUUGGCACUUCCUCGGCUUUCUGUUGCUGAAGUGUUAUCUGAUUCUGGUGCUGAUGUCUUGUCAAGCCAAAAGUCAUUUGCCAUUGUGUCCCCAAAUGAGAAACAGAAGCUGCAAAAGACAUUUUCUGCACAAGAAGAUAUGGGAGUAUCCUCUUCACCUGAAGCUGGGGCUGUAGAAUCUUUUUCAUCAGAAGGCUUUAUUAGAGGAAGGUCUUACAAUAUCCGACUUGAUGAUCAAGUUUUGCUUAAAUUUUCCCCAAAAAAUUCCGACUCAACUUAUUACUUUAGUGAUAUGAUAGGUGGCACUCUCACUUUCUUUCAUGAAGAAGGAGCUAGGAGAUGCCUUGAGAUCUCGAUAACAUUGGAAACUUCAGAAACUAUAAAUAGACGGUUUGUCCACCCUUCUAGAAGGAAUUCUCCUACAAUUACAAAGGUUCAGAGUGAUCAUCAUGAGGUUGUAGCAGAUUUGUUGCAGACAAGCUUUCUGUUUUCUAUCCCCAUGGAUGGUCCAAUGUCCUUCUCAACUCAACAUGUUUCUGUGCAGUGGGUUCUCCGCUUUGAAUUUUUCACAACUCCAAAGCAUGUAGAUUGGAGAAAGUAUGAUCAUCCUCUUUUGAUUGAGGCAAGGGAAAAAACGGAAUGGAUUCUCCCAAUUACUGUACAUCCUCCACCACCAAGAGCUCCUGCUUCUGGCACAAGAAACGAGAAACUUUUCUCUUUGGAUCCUAUGUGGGUACACACUUGA